ACGCAAUCAACAACAGCUGCACAAUCAAAAAAAAGCACAGAUAAACCCCUCGAGUAUCAAACCUUGUCACCUUGUCAUCUAUUUUUAUAUAGGUGACGGUCUGGGGAACAACAGCCAAAAUGGUAUACGAUUGGGAUAACAAACAGGAUAUAUGCUAUAGUAUGUAUAUUGAAGAGAAAAAGUCAUUGGAGGAGAUUAUGGAAUACUUGAAAGAAAAUAUGUCAUUUAAUCCCUCUAAACGCGCAUUUCAAACCCAAUUCAAAAAAUGGGGGUUUCCUUCGAAACAAAAUCCUGCACACAAGAACGAGCCACUCGUUCAACGCAUCAAAGAACUAUGGGACAUCAAUACAUCACAGCGCGAUAUGGUUACCAUUCUCGAACGAGAGGGUUGGGAUAUCAAGGAACGUGAACUCAUGCGCGUCAGAAAUAAGAAUCGCUGGCUUCUACGAGUACCUAAUGGUAAUAAAUCAAAGAAACAAACGGAUCAGGAUGUGGAAAGUCAACUACAACAGGCAUUUUACAAUAAUGGAGCAAUACUAGAGGGAGAACAACAGAUGGAAGGGUCGAUGGAAGGGCAUAUGGAAGGGUUACCACCAGCUUCAUCCAUGUCCAAGGAAGAUUCCCGAGCUGAAUCCCCGCCACUUAGCCCUGAAGUCAUGCAGAAGAGAAAAGAGCGUCUAUCCAAGUUAGCGGCCGAAUCCGAUGAAAAAUGGAAUACUCGCAAGCGUCGUCGUCGAACUCGUGGCUGGGCUGGUCUCCCAGCAGAUCCUCCAGGACCUCCCCGAUUCCCUUCCGAAACCACCAUCGAUGAAAGCAAAAAUUUCUUGAGACUUGAUAAUCUUUUGUAUCGUGAUAUAAGGGCUAGAUUUCAACGCAUAUGUGAAGAAGCAGGUAUCAUAAAGAAGACACUCGCUGGACCCGAGCGUUGGGAAGCUGCAAAGGAUAGCCUCAUACAAGAGAGUGAACAUCUACAAUCAGUCUUCUGGAAUACGCAAGAAAAUUUGGAUGCAAGAAAGCUGGCUCUCGAUGUUGUUUGCGGCGACGUGACGAAACGAAUGCGAACAUUGGAGCGUCGUAUGACCAUUGCUGAAGCCAAGAAUGCGUUGGGAGUAAAUCCAGAACAGUCCAGGGAACUUCGUAAUUCUUUCUAUCAGAUAUUGAAAGCUGAUCAUUUCACCAGUAAGCUUGAAGCUGGAGAAGAACACUGGCAGGAGCUCAAGACAUCCUGGAUCAAUGGCUCAGAGCUAUUACUAAAUCUACUUUCUGGGGGAGACGCUGAUCCUCAGCACGCGCAGAGAGUUAAGGCAAUGGAGGUUUUAUGUCGAGAUGUCAUGAAGCGUCUUCGGGAUGACCAGACUAAACGUGAUCCAACUAGGAAGAAGAGAAAGUUCGAGAAUACUUUCCAGCCUGAUCAAGCUAUGGACCAAUUCCACCACAGCCAAGAGGAAACUCCAGAUUUUCAACAAGACCCACAGGAAGCUCUCAUUCAAACAGCAGCGCAUGCUCAUGCCCACUCGCAGAACCAAGUUCAGUCACACAUGCAAAUACCAGAAUCUCACAUGCAUACACAAGCUCGUCAGGCCCACGCUCAAGCUCAAGCCCACGCUCAAGCUCAUGCUCAAGCCCAAGCCCAAGCUCACCAACAAGCUCAGGCUCAGGCUCAUGCUCAAGCCCAGGUUCAUCAACAAGUCCAGGCUCACGCCCAAUCUCAACCUCAAGCUCAUACGCCUGUUAUGGUCAGCCAUGGUAAUAUGCAGAAUCACACUGAUAUGCAUAUUGAUCCAUCUCAGAUCGAUCCAUCUUUACUUAACGCAGCCUCCAAUGAUCCAAAUUUAAUGGUUCGUGGGAUGCAAACCCAAUUUGCGGACCCCCAAUAUACAGACCAACAAUUUGUCAAUCAAGCUGCACAAGCAUUCCCAUCUGUAACUCCUCCAUCUCUACCAGUUUACAUUCGAUUGCACCCAGAAUCAGAAAUAACCGCCCCUAAUCCGUUAUGGAUUGCGAUGCUGAGCGGUACCUCUCUGGAAGAACUACAUCGGGUAGCUACAAGCAAAUUCCCAAAUACAUUGGUGGGUCGUGUCGCCGGAUCUAUGGGAGGAUCAUCUGAACAAGAAGUGACCAUACCCAUUGACAAUGACAGUGAAAUGGAGGCUUAUUUGGGCACUUGUGUGAAGCCACACUUUAUUGUUGAGUUAUUGACUGGAUGGAAGAAUGCCUAGACAAUUGGUGAGGGGUAGUUUAUUGAUUGGGAUCACAGCGGUGUUACGGCAGGAUGGGAAUGGUGGAGUUUACGGUGACCUGCUUAUUCUCCUAUAGGAAGAGGGCCGGGGCGUUUCAAACUGGUGAUGAAAGCAUGCUGUAUUGUAUGCAACUCUUUGGUUUCAGCUUCUUAAAUGAAGAACAGCGGGUGGAGGGACGAUAGACUGAUGACCUAGACCUAGGCAUGCACUCUUUGCUCCAUAGUUGAUACUGUACCGUUUCCCUUCAACUGUUAAUAUUCUCAAUCAAACCAAUCGUUUUAAUACAGAUUAUUAUUACAAAUCAUAAUUCAGAAACUUUCUCAAGAUAAUGAUCAAAACGCACUAUUCCCCGUCAGUAUCUAAUCAACAAAUAAUUAAGCACCAUGACUGGACUGACAGACUGAGCAAUUGAUGCCAAUGGAUUACGUGCUGAAAAUGUGUGGGGAAGCGAAGCCUUCCGUUAAAGCUUGGAUGGCUUUUGGAUCCUCAGAUAGAUAAAUUAUUUCCGAGCCUUGCGAGAUAAG